CUUCGACAUUCGGUUGUAACUUGUACGCGCAACUCGCAGACUUGGACACAAGCAGGACUCGGUCCUAGUUUGUUCGUGAUUGGUCAGAGGCUCGGGUGGCCGUCGGCCGAGCAGGGACUUGCCAGCGGACUUUGAGACCCGAGACGGCCUGCGAGUGUCUUAUCGGUCCCCGUCCAAGGCAUCUGAGUGGCAACCAUGUAAAGACUUACCUUCCACCGAAUUGGAGACGGCCCCGGCACAUCCCACAGCAUCCACCUCCCGCACUAUGUCUGCGGAACGCAAGCUACGAGUCCUCAUCGUCGGCGCCUCCAUCGCGGGACCCGCGGCAGCCUACUGGUUCGCCAAAGCAGGCGCCCAAGUGACAGUGAUCGAGCGCUUCCCAAAACUCCGAACCAAUGGCCAGAAUGUCGAUAUCCGGUCCGUCGGCGUGACCGUGAUGCGCAAGAUACCCGGUAUGGAAGCCGCCGUCCGCGCCAAAGCCGUGCCCAUGACCGGCAUCAGCUUCGUCGACACCCACGACCGGCCCUUCGCAACCAUUCACGCGACAGGCAACCCCGACCAGCAAUCCCUCGUCUCGGAAUACGAAAUCCUCCGCGGCGACCUCUCCAAGAUUCUCUUCGACCUAACCGACCCCAACCCCAACAUAACCUACAUAUUCGACGAACAAAUCUCCUCCCUUAGCACGCCCGCCAACCCCAACGACCCUAUCACCGUAACCUUUACCAACCACCACCUCCCCCCACAACCCUUCGACCUAAUCAUCGCCGCGGACGGCGCCUCCUCCCGCACCCGCGCCCUAGGCCUCAACUGCCCCGUCGACGCCUACACCCACCCCCUACACGCCUGGGCAGCCUACUUCUCCAUCCCGCACUCCCUCCUACCCACUUCCGCCCCAACCACCGGCCGCGCCUACAACCUCCCCGGCGGGCGCUUCAUCGCCCUCGCCCCCUCGGCCCAACCCAACACAAGCCAAGUCACCAUCCUCCGCACCCACCCCCGCAACAACAACAACGACCCAUCCAACAUGCACCCCUUCCGCACCGCCCAAACCACCGGCACCGACGCCCUGCGCACCUUCAUCGCGCAACAAUUCCCCACCGCCACCUCCGGCUGGAAGUGCAACACAAUCCUCACCGCCAUGCAGCACAUCCCCGCCGACGAGUUCUACGCCAGCGAGAUGGUGCAGGUCAAGAUCGCCCCGGCCGGUAAGCUAUCGCAGGGCCGGGUGGUGCUGGUGGGCGACGCCGGGUAUGCGGCGGGCCCGACGGGGGGCGGGACGAGUCUCGCGCUGGCGGGGGCGUAUGUCCUUGCUGGGGAGGUGGGGAGGUAUAUGCGUGGGGAGGGUGGGUUGGAGGGGGCGUUGCGGAGGUAUGAGGUGGUGAUGCGGCCGGUGGUGGAGGAGUUGCAGACGCUUCCGAGGUUUGCGCAGGGGGUGUUUGCGCCGCAGACGAGGUGGGGGCUGUGGGUGAGGAAUGCGGUGUUGUGGUUCGUGUGCUGGUCGGGGUUGUUGGGGUUUGGGCAGCGGUGGUUUGCGAGUGCGUUUGGGGAGCGCGAGGAGGGGAGGUUGCCCGAGUAUGAGUGGGUUGCUUGAGGGUUGGGUUGUUUACUGAUGUAGUUUGGGGGCUUAACUCCACUCAAUCAUAACAGAAUAUG